UCAAAUUAAUGAGUGUCAAAUUGUGUUUGAAAUGUUUUCAUUUUCCCUUUUAAAUGUUAACUAAUCUCAUGAAAUAAAUCUUUAGUAAAAUUUCCUUUGCAAUAACAUGUGUUCCUUCCGCACGGCGAAUAAAGAGGCAAAUCCAUUAAAAGAACAACCAACCACCAGUCGCCGCCAUGCACCCGACAGCCCAGUUAUAGUGACAAAAAACACUAUGAAACGUGUAAAGUACGAAAAUUUGUUGGCUCAAAGUGUAUCACAGGCGCCACUGGAAUGUCGCUUAGCGCAUAAAUUGCGUCUCGCCGUCUACGAAGGUAACUCGACAAAUCCACGUCAGAAUAGAUUUCUAAAAACCGCCAUACGUCGUGUGCGCGAGCAAGGACUAUCUUUGCAUGCGGCACAACAGAUUAUCAACAACUAUGGAGACACGCGCAAUUCCCAACAUCGGCAAAUCUUGCAAAUACGUUACAAUCGUAGAGUCUUUCUCAUCUGUACGUUGCGCACGGCGAAUGUAGUCGAAUUGAAGUCGCGUCUGAUGCCAUUAAUGCGUGCCUACAAUGCUAGUUUUGUCAAUGUCAUACACAAUUUCCACAGCAGUGCGACUAUUGAGGCAAUCAUAUCGUUGCAAACUUCGCUAGAUUUUAGCAAUCUUGAGGGUUCCAUAGCGCGUGAUGCGCAUGCCUGUAAGGCGCAAGAAUGUGAAAUGGUCGAUUAUGAGACGGGCGCUGUCAAUUUUAAAUGUGAACCCAGUGAAAUGGAUGCGGUUUUGAAGCGGGUUAGAGCAAAGGGCUACACCGUGCUGCAUACCGAAUACAGUUUCAAGCCGAAAAAGUUCAUAAAGCUAGAAGAAAGCGAAAACGAAAAAUAUAAAAAGUUUCGUACAAAGUUAAUGAAAACACAAGAUUUCGAUGUGAUUUUCGAUAAUGUUGUUGGAAUGGAUGAGGAGGAGAUUGAGACUGGAGUUGCUACUGCUGAUUGCGUAGUUGCGGCGGUGUAGAUGAUGUGGUGGGGAGCCUUUAAUCGUUCGACACUGCGUUUGACUUGUUCAAUCCGAAAUUGUGGUCUCAAUAAAAAUUAAUUUUUCAAUAGCA